AAGUAUAGACAAGAGAAGAUAACCGUUCCGAGCCACAGUUUCCGCUCGGCUGCACCGAUGCAACCGUCCAAAUUGGAAUCAAUAAUCGCGAAGCGUCCAAAAAAGAGCGAAAAAAAUAAUUCAUCUCGCGACGAGACAAGAGGACCCGAGUUACCGACCGUCGAUCACCGGGUUCGGUCUGUCCACAGGUUCGGCCAAUCGCCGGCAGCUGCCGCGAGGGUUCGCGAUUUCGAUCGGACCGAUUGAAAACCGAAAAAUGGCGGUGAGAAAGAGGCUCCCCUUAGCUCUGGCCGCGUAAUCGUCGCGGUGAACGGGCCUCUGCUCGACAGAGGACGAUUAACACAGGCAGACGGACCGGUAAUAAUAGGGGCCAUUAUCAGAAACGGUCAGGUAGAUAAGCAAAAGCCCCCUGGUGGUGGGUUUCAGAGGGGGGUUGGCGCAGCAUGCGUUGCCCAUGGCGUUUACGUGCCCAGCAAACCAGUCGGAUGCUGUUGCUCGAGCAGCUCGGAUGUGGUCGGCGAGCAGCGACUCUUCAGGACGGUUGUUCACGCUCUCUGCUUUCUCCUCGGCGCGCGAUGUCACGCUCUCGGACUUCUCAGUCUGUUAAUUGGCCGAGCAGCAAUUAGCCCGGGGUGCGUACCCGUCGCGACCCCACGCCGUCCUCUGACAUACCCUAUAGCGUCUCGCCCUCCGGUGAAAAACGCGCGUCGGCUCCGCGUGCCAGGUUCUCGAAGAGGCGGAGAGACCUCGUGCGAGACAGGCAGCACACAGCACCGAGGAACAUCCGCCGGCUGCCACGGGACACGUCCAGGGUUGUGCGUCGCCACGAAGACUGGAUGUGACCGAGAUUACCCGCGGCGCGAGUGCAGUGGAGGCUGUGCAGGACUCGCCGAGCCGCGAGUGCCGAAUAUAUACCCGUGUGCGAAAACACCACCGUGCCCAGGCCCGACGGGAUGUCACGCUGACGGGAUUCACGAUUGGAGCCGGGAGGAGGAGGAGGUCGGCAACUGGUGUAACCAUGCUCAGAUCCUGAUCGCGGAGCAGCACGGGCCCCUCAGGGGUGGCGAGGAGGAGGCGGUGGUUCAGGGGAUCGGGAAGAUCGGGGAGCUGGAGCGCGGACCUGGAGGAGGCUGGAGAAUGAGCCUGAUCAGCAUACUACGUAGAAAUUGGGCACUUCGCGUGUCGGUGGUGCUCAACAUCUGCGUGUUGCUCUACGUGUGCGCCCACUUCGGCUCCUCCGGGCCCUGGAUCGAGGAACCGCCGACGAACUGGGCGGCGCCGUUGCAGUCCGAGACGUUCGGCGCCGUGGACCUCGUGAACGGCACGCAGAAGGGCGCCACCUCCGCGUCGGCCGUGCCCGCCACGAAGGAUGCCGGCGGGAAGGGUCCGCGAGGCGGCAACACGACCAGCCUGGCCAGGGCGAGGCUGGUCACCACGAGGCCGACGCCCAACGAGGCCAAGGGCGCCGCGUCUGUUGACAAGAACGAUCAUCGUCACAAUCUGACGGCGAAGAACGGCACGCCGAACGUCCGGCCGACGAUGAGCCUAAAGGAGGCCGUGCCCUGCAAGGAGAAGUCGCUGGAGCCGAGGAGGGCCCAACGUGGCGACUACUGGGUCCUCUACAAUUACGUGCCGAUGAGCAUGGCGGUCCGAUGCUGGGAGAGCGUGACGUACACCACGCACGCGGACUACACGUUCCUGGACAAUCUCGAGCCUCUGCUGGAACGGUGGAGGGCGCCGAUAUCGAUUGCCAUGCACGCUCCUGGCACAGACUUCCCGGCGACACUCGACGCCAUCAAGUACUCGAGAAACUGUGGCAGCCCCCUGAUCGCUCAGCUGGUCAGCUUCCACGUUUUCUUCAGCAGCAAACACGUGCCAAAAGUGGUACCCCCAAGCGAGAAAGUUAUGUCCGACACGUACAACUGCACGCUGGGGCCUCCGUGGGUGAACGUCACGCUUUCGAAGAUGUAUAAAAACGAGAAGAAGCUGCUGUACCCCGUGAACGUUGGCCGCAAUAUAGCUCGCGAGUCCGCGCCGACGUUCUACGUGUUCGCGAGCGACAUAGAGCUCUAUCCGAACCCCGACUUGCCCGCUAAGUUCCUCGAGAUGAUCAGGAGGCGAGACCAGCCGGCCCUGUACAAGCCGAACCCGAAAGUUUUUGUACUGUCCAUCUUCGAGGUGGACGAUAAGAGUCAGCCGCCGAAUAACAAAACGCAUUUGGGGCAAAUGUUGAAGGCAGGCACAGCCAUUCCUUUCCACAAGAAGCUGUGCUCCGGCUGCCAUAAUGUUCCUCGUAGCAAAGAGUGGCAGGAGGCCCCGGAGACCAAGGACCUCCACAUUUUUCACGUUGGCAAGAGGACGGGCAGUUUUGUCCACUGGGAGCCGAUUUUUAUCGGGACCAAUAACGACCCUCUGUACGACGAGAGGCUCAGCUGGGAAGGGAAGAGCGACAAAAUGACACAGGGUUACGCGCUAUGCGUCCUCGACUACGACUUCCUGAUCCUGGACAACGCGUUCCUGGUGCACCGUCCCGGCAUCAAGAUCUUCAAGAAGGAUCCGCACCGCGAGAUGCUCACCGCGAAAACGAACGCGCUGAUCAAAAAGAUCAUCGUGCCGGAGCUGAAGAUCCUUUAUGGAACGCGGAAGGGCUGCGCCGUGUAGCCCGUGGAGAACCGCAGGUGUUCCCCGUUGGAACGGCAACACCUGAGACCGGCCCUGACGUCCGGAAUGUAUCAGGCUUGGCAAAAGACGAAUGGGUACAAGCGGCAAGCUCCUUCUGAUCACGUACGCUCUGAGACACGGUGCGCCGUACAGAACCUGAAGAGCGUUCAUUGUGAUUCACACAGACGUUUGCCCUAAUUGAUGCCAAUUGAACGGUGCCGAAAGUAUAUACACACCAUCUGUUGGUUAGUCCGGCGCGGGGUGGACGCGCCCUCACCUCUCUUCAAGCAAACUGCUCUUAAUCGUUAGUUCCUGCGACGAGUUACAAUGCCACACUCCUCCUUCGUUUCUCAUCACCGACUUCUUCGUAGUACAAAAGUGUGAUGACAGAGCCUAAGGACAGAGACGAUGCGCCAUGGCAUCACGUGUGCAGUUUCUAUGGUGUGCGAGUGUAAGAAAUGCUCUUCAAAAGAUGUUCUUCUCCGCUACGAAAGAUUCUCAAUAUUGUAUUUUUCAGCACAGACGCGUCAGCAACGUUGUACAUAAUAGUGUUUGAAAUAGUGUCUCUCGGUGUGUACAGCUGCUGCAAGCUCCUCCUCUAGCUUUUCGUUUUCAGUGUGCAUUUCGUCUCUCAUUCCACGUUGCGCUUUCUUUCCGGCAGAACGCCACCACCAAGCAUCGAAUCGUGCUCAAGGUAAUUGGUGCCACGGACAAAAGGGUAGAUCAUCGUAAUCAUGAAAUUUUUACCAAGUGUUUCAUCAUUCCUCCGAUCGAGAAUCAUCGUUCAAACUCAUUGCGUCCAAUUACUUUGAGCAAGGUAAACUUAAUAU